GUUGGGAACGGUGCGAAACGUGACGUUUCAGUUACCUUUAUUAAAAUAAGUCACGCCCGGGCGAAGCGACGAGUCGAACAACUUUCUCACAGAAAUAGAUCGAUUUUCACACGUUCGAUCUACCUGGAAGAUCCGCGAACAGUAUGUUCCACAGAAUAUGGGGACUAUUUCACAUUACGGACUUCCAUACGUUGAUUCGACCGUACGUUCUCCUCACUUUAAUCACCGGAUACUUUCCUUACAAGGUCGCCUCGGCUACGUUCACGUUCUCCAAAAUACGUUUCGUUUGGUCUACGGUAAUGGUGAUCGCCUGUACGCUCCUGUCGUCGUUCAGCUUGUAUUGGAUAUAUUAUGUGAACCGGAACGAUGAAACUUCCAACCAGAUGUACCUGACAUUCAUGUACACUUUCGGCAUUGUUCUCAUCUGGAGUAGUUACGUGUCAUUGCCAUCGAAGUUGCAUCUGCUUCGGAUAUUGUCGGACACGUCCCGCGUAUUAUCCCCCGAAGCGUUUAACAACGCCAAAUGGAUAUUGUUAUUUGAUGUCCUGAGGACGAUCAUAUAUAUAUCGUUCCUAUUAAAUUCUGAUCCAUACACUUUGCCAUGUUACCUCGACUUGGUCGGUUUCUACAUGUUCUUCGUAGGUCUGUUGGGGAACAUAACGUUCAACAUCUGUCUGUUCGUACUGAGAUUAUGCUUGGUUAAGGUGAACGCGACUCUGACGGAUUUGAAGCAGACUCUAACCAACGACGAGCCUCACUUGCUCAGAAGAAUUUAUCACACGCAAAAGAAUCCCGCGUUGCUCACGAAAUUGAAAACCAUUAGGAAACACCAUCUGAAGCUUGGCACAGCGAUCGGAACGUUGAACGAAGUGUUCGGCUCGGAUAACGUUGUUAUUAUUACAAUAACGGUGAUAGAUAUGACCUUUAAAUUAUACACUUAUUUGGUGCACAACACCGACGAAGGUAAGAUCGUAACAGUGUGGUCGGAGAACAUCGAGUACCUAUUUUACCACAGUUUCAACCUGAUCGUGCUGACAAUCUCGUGCGAGAUGAUAAAAGACCAAGGGAAACGCGUUGGCUUCAAUAUUCAUCGAAUCCUCUUGAUUACUUUCGACGAACAAGUAUCCACGGAGUUGGAGUUGUUCUCUAUGCAAGUCAUUCAGCAAAAUCACACGAUACUAGCGAAGGGAUUGGUGUUGGACGUGACCCUCCUGACAAAGGUAGUCGGUGUCAUCACGACGUAUUUACUGAUACUAAUACAAUUCCUGCUUGUGAAACCCUGCUGA